UGGCAAGCAAGCGGACGCCUUGGCACGCCCUACAAGAAGAACGAGUGGGAGGAGAGAUCCGGUGGACGGACUGCCAAGGCAGGACCCUCGAUGCAAAACAGGGGACUUCCCCGGGCGCUUCCGUGCUAUUGUCUGCUAGCGAAUGUAGUAGGCUCUCUUUCCAAAGCUCAUUCGCUGCACCCUCCUUUCCCGCGUGUACAGAGAUUCCGAAGAGGCGCGUCUGCAGUGACCAUUGGCUAUGUCUGCGUCUGGUCGAUCUUUUUCUUCUUCUUCUUUCUUUACUGUUUUCGUUUCUUCAACGAUGUCACUCUCUUCUCGGGAUGAUUUUUCGGGUAUAAAAGCACCGAGCAUCCGUCGGUAGGUCGCAAAACUCUCUUGCUCUCCGUGGUCCUCGCCUCAGCGACGCAGCCGCCAUGAACGCAGUUCUCACCACCGUCCUCCUCGGUUUGGUCUCUGCCGCCUCCGCCGGCUUCAUCGGUGGUUACGGUGGUGGCUACGGCGCAGGACUCGGCGCCGGCUACGGCGCCAGCUACGGGGCCGGGUAUGGCGCCGGUUAUGGCGCAGGUUAUGGCGCAGGCUCCGGCGCUGGCUACGGCUCUGCCGGCGCUGGUCUAGCCGUCGCUGCCGCACCUGUCGCGGUCGCCAGACCUGCCGCCGUCGCAGCCGUACCAGCUCGUAGCACAACCUCUUACGGCACCACCACUACCACCGUGACCACUUUGCACGGAGCAGGAGCUGGUGGUCUCGGCGGCGCUGGUCUCGGCUACGGCGCCGGCAGCCUCGGCUACGGAGCCGGUGUCGGCCUCGGAGGAGCUGGUCUUGGGUCCGGUGCUGGCUAUGGCGUCGGCGUUGCCGUCGCUCGCCCCGCUGUCACUGUGGCUGCUGCCCCAGCCGUUGCUGUGGCUCGUCCCGUCGCUGUCGCCGCACCGGCUGUGGCUGUGGCUCACCCCGUGGCUGUCGCCACUCCGGCUGUGGCUGUGGCUCGGCCCGUGGCUCUGGCUCGUCCCGUCGCCUUUGCUGCUCCAGCUGUGGCCACCGUUGCCGUGGCUCCGGCCGUGGCUGUCGGAGGUGGUCUGGGCGGCCUCGGUGGUGGUUACGGUGGUGUCGGUGCUCUCGCUGGUGCCUAUGGUGCCGCCUACGGUACCGGAUAUGGUGCUGGCUAUGGUCGGGGCUAUGGCGCCAGCUACGGUGCUGGCUACGGUCAUGGCUACGGUGCUGGCGUCGCCAAGCUCGGCGUUACUUACAGCCAUGGGGCCAAGUGGUAAACACGUACGGAACGUUCUUGCAUCUUAGACCGUCACCAAAUCUGGAUUCACGCUGACUGAAAGGGCUAUUUGUAAUUUAUUUUUGUGUGCGUCAUCAGGAAGUUGUCAGCAUCCGAAUACUAAUGCCCUAGAGGCUCACAUCAUAUCGACACGUCCAGAUAUGGGACUAUCACAAAAAAAGCUGCUUUUAUAAGAACAACCGUUUACUUGGUUGUGAGCGUUGUUAAUAAAUAAAGAAGUUAUUACGCAUCAUUGCUUGUUUAUAUAUAGGCGCAUUCUGCUGCUCACGGCGAUUAAAUCGGUUCCGCCGGAAAUCGCCAGUGUCCAUGUUUUGUUAACAUGGAAAGUUUUGAGGAUUGUUUGACAGACUUAGCCUGAUUUAUGAAGGCACAGCGCAAUGCUAUACUUGCGCUUAUACUUACUGAGCAUUAUGUAAAAUUAAAAUCGUAAGACGAGGAGUUUAGGCACUGGGUGGACAGCUUGGCUAUAGUCUCGCUAUCUGGCAAAUAGCACUGCCACGUUUCUCGUGGCCAAUGGAAAAUUAAAUACAUUUGGCAUACUUGCUUAUCUUUUGAAUCUACGAAUAACUGAGUGAAAUUAUAAAAUUGUGUGUAAAAAAAUGUGUUCCCUCGUAUUUUCGUUUCUUUUUAGUGUGCUUUCUUGCUUUUAGUCGUUUCACUUGUUGUGCCACCGGGUGGCGCUGUUGCGGUUAUCGCUAAUUAAAAGAA